AUGGUAGCGAAUUCCAAAUCAUCGCGCCGCUCCGGCGGCCUUCGAAAGAUCACUUCGCGAUCGCCCGACGUACUCAUGUUCGGGGUCGCUCCUGUUGCUUGUUCCCUAGUGUUUGCCCUUGCGAAUGGGCAGUUCUUGCCCCAAGCUUCCCUGAAACGCGUCUGGGUCUCUAAAGGCUGGGAAAUGCUUAUCGAUAAUUGGUUACCAAUCUCCCGGGACGAUCUAUCAAACCUUGAUUAUCUGGAUCAAAUCACAUUGGAGGGAGGGGUGUGUGCCCAGAAGAUCUUGGCCCCCAUGCGGUUCCGGUGAUUUACUGUGACUAUCGAUCGGACUGGCUAUUCCGGGGUCUCAAGAAUGGGGGUUGCUUUCUCCGGGAGCCCUACCUUGAGGGCGAAUGACUGAUGGGUUUCGGAGCCCACUUGGUUCAAGCUGGAACCUAUUCCCCCUUAGUUCCCUUAAAGGCAUU